AUGAAUUUGUUAAAUUCAUAUAAAUUGAUAUACUACAUUUUUAUUCUCUUAUUUCAAGUUCGAAGCAAAUAUUCCAAAGCAAUCAACCUUCUUUCCAGUUCCCAAUCUGAUGUGCAAGUCCUAGAAGUCGAUCUCGCCAAAUCAGUCCAUUGUGUUGACUUUGAGAAGAAAGCAAUACUACAAUGCAAACCAAGACAUGUACUGAUUGUACACGCAGCCCAGUGGUCAGAUGCAUCAUGCAGUGAAAAAAACCAAUUCGAGGCAAAACAACUAACUGAUAAAAAAUUUCACUUUUUUGACAGAACGGAGACUUUGAAGCAGCUCUGUGACGGGUUAUCAUACUGUUUUCUAAAGCCCUCUAAAACCAGGAAUAGUGAGCAGAGUAAUACCUUUCUAGGUGACCCACUUUAUUAUCAUACUCUAGAGAGUACCACAAAGUCCUAUUCUUUAACAGUCUCAGUAUCCUGUCUGAACCGAGAACUCACGGUCAGAGGAAGAAAAGUAACAGAUACGAUAGUAAACAAGGACAAGAAUAUUCAGUUUGGGUGCAAUGAAGAUGAGCAGAUUCAUUUAUCCGUCACAAGAGUGGACGGAUACACUCAAGAUGGGCCGAAUCGCUCAUUAACUUUUUUCAAUUUCGGCCCCGAGUUAUUUAGCUGCAAUUUAAAGCAAAAGUGUACAGUUACCACAGAACAACUUAAAAAAUGCGAAGUCGAGAAGGGCAUGGCCUUUGGAACUGGACUACUGGUUUAUUACUGCAGAAAACCGUUGAGAUUUUCAUUUUGUGAUCAUGUGAAGGUAACAGGUACGAAUUCUAGUACCGUUGAUAAAUUCGUUCUGUACGCUGAACAGGACUCCCAAGUAAAAGUAAAGGCACCAAUUUUUACUGUGCUCAGUACUGAGUCUGCCGUCUGGUCGACAUAUGAUAAGUUAACAGACAAUGAAGUAAAAAAGGAUCGCAAGGAACUACUGAAGUUCCUGUGUGAUGAUCGCAAUUACUGUGCAUUUACCCCUAAGCGUUCAGCCGCUGGACCUCACGAGUCUUCUUUCGAAGAAGUGCAUUUCGGAGGAAUUUUAAAUGAGACAAAGCCCCUUGUUCUCUUGGUGACUUUCUUCACAAAACCCUUGAAACAUUUGAAGAGUCUCACUGAAAAGGGUGUGAAAACAGUUAAGGUAAAUUUGGGAGAAAAACUCUCCCUUCAGUGUGGAGCUCAAGAAGAGGGCACUCUACAUGUUCUUUCGGCCGUAGCUGGCCCUAGAAAUCAAACAGAUGUAGAUGACCAGACUGAUUCUGUAAAAUUUAAAGAUCUCACUAAGGUUAUGUAUAAGAUAUGUUAUCGUAGAAGGACUUGUGAAUGGAACAUGAACCCACAAAGACUCCACGAAGUUGUGGAUCCCAGUACGGUACAACGUAGUGCCCUUGAAGUAGCUAGUGCUCUGCAAAUGAACGCUCAAUUAGAAACUACUAGAGAAACUACACAAGUGAACACCCCCCUCCACUCUGCAUUGGCAGAACAGGAAAUUACAGUUAAGUACAUGUGUAAAAAGUAUACACAUGACCCAAGUCUUGUCGACAUGCCAGGACAAACAACAGCAUUCCUUGAAAUGUCUAAAGGUGAGACUCACUCCUUAGUGGAUAAGGAACAAGCAGAGACUGUUCAGCUAACUAAAAGUACGAAACUGUUUAUUAACUUGGAGGUGUUUGGAAAUUUCAAAGUUCAGGUUGGGGAUUUUUUCGAAAUAGAUGUCCCUGAAGGUUCUAAUAAUACAGUUGACGCCUUUUUUGUUAAUAAUAAAGAGUCCAAGUUAACUAAAAAUUUAGCGAGGAAAUCAACUAGGUAUGUUUUUUAUUUGGGCUUUGCAGAAGAUAACGCUCUCGAUUUUUCUCUGGACGCUUCUGACGGAGUUAAUAGCGAGAAAAUGGCCGGAAAGGUAACUGCAGCUUCACCUUUACAAUAUCCAAUUUCACUAAAGGAUGUUGUGAAGGCAAAGGGUUCAAUAGUAGGUAUGCGAGUAUAUCUUGUAAAACAUAAUGUAAAUUAA